AUGGCAAGUGAAGAUGAUGAUCUAUGUUAUGAAAUAUAUUUUGAUCAGUUAAAGGAGGUUUUUAAUGGUUGUGAUGAUGAUAAUAAAGGCUAUUUAACACAAUCUCAGCUGAGAACUCUAUGUGAUAAACUAGAGUUAGAAGAGAAACAUAAUUUCUUAUUGGCUCAGCUUGAAACUGAAAAUUGCAUUGAUAAGAUAUAUUUUGAUAAUUUUAAAGGAGCCUUUUUAAAUUCACUCAAAGAAAACUCAAAUGAAACAAAUAACAGUCCAUCAGGUAUUAGUCCAAAAUUUGUAUUGGGUGGUAAAAAAUAUGGCAGACGUACUAGACCAGAAUGUGAGAAGGAUCAUGAUGUAUUAGAUGAAUCUAUAUUGGAGAAGUCUAAUAAACAGUGUUUAACUAACUCAUUGUUGUUAAAACCAUCGAACAGACAUAAUUUAUCUUCUUCAUCUAUUAUAGAUCAGGGAAAGAGAUUACUGGGGGUAAAUCCAGAUUAG